GAUCCUGGAGGGAAGAAAAGUUGUAGUGUUUGGGCGGUCAGCGCUGGGCUGGCUUGGCAGGACUGGUCUUCUCGGAACAGAAUUAUGGAUCUCGGAGUCCCUGACCUGCUGGAUGCGUGGCUGGAGCCCUCAGAAGAUGUCUUCCCGACAAGCUCCCUCCUGGAGCUGGGAGUCCACUGUCCCCCCUUAGAAGUCCCAGUGACUGGACUACAGGAACAGGGGCUGCAAGGCUGGGAGUCCAGUGGGGGCUGUGGCCUUCAAGAGAGUGAGCCUGAAGAUUUCCUGAAGAUCUUCAUUGAUCCCAAUGAGGUGUACUGCUCUGAAGCCUCUCCUGGCAGUGACAGCAGCAUCUCUGAGGACCCUGGCCGCCCAGACAGUCCCCCUCCCCCCAGGGCACCCAGUCCUCCUGCCCUCUAUGAGGUUGUCUAUGAGGCAGGAGCCCUGGAGAGGGCACAGGGGGAAGCUGGGCCAAAUGUCGAGCUUAUCUCCAUCCAGCUAGGUCAAUGGAGCCCGUCAUUUGUGGUGCCUGAUGCCUGCAUGGUCAGCGAGCUGCCCUUUGAUGCGCAUGCCCACAUCCUGCCCACAGCAGGCACCAUAGUCCCAGUGCCUCCUGCGACCCUGUUGCCCUGUCAAACCCUGUUCCUGACAGAAGAAGAGAAGCGUCUGCUGGGGCAGGAAGGGGUUUCUCUGCCCUCUCACCUGCCCCUCACCAAGGCAGAGGAAAGGGUCCUCAAGAAGGUCAGGAGGAAAAUCCGAAACAAGCAGUCAGCCCAGGACAGUCGGCGGCGGAAGAAAGAGUACGUGGAUGGGCUAGAGAGCAGGGUGGCAGCCUGCUCUGCACAGAACCAAGAACUCCAGAAGAAAGUCCAGGAGCUGGAAAGGCACAACAUCUCCUUGGUGGCUCAGCUCCGUCAGCUGCAGACACUCAUUGCGCAAACAUCCAACAAAGCUGCCCAGACCAGCACUUGCAUCCUGAUCCUUCUUUUUUCCCUGGCUCUCAUCAUCCUGCCGAGCUUCAGCCCCUUCCAGGGUCCACCAGAAGCUGGGCCUGAGGAUUACCAGCCUCAGGGAGUGAUUUCCAGAAAUAUCCUGACCCACGCAGACAUGACAGGAAAUCCGGAGGCCCAAGUAGCAGAGUCCAGGCGAGGGGAGCCACCUGGAGCCACGAGUGCUAAUGGCUCAGCAAGGACACUGCGUGAGAAGACGGGAGAGAAGACGAGACCCAGCGGGCGCAUCAGAACCGUGCUGCACACAGAUGAAAUGUGAGCUGGAGCCAGACCUCCCUGGCCUCCUUCAAGAACAACAAGGAACCCAGGGCUUCCUAUGGCUCUGUUUCCCCAGGAUUCUCUCAGGCGUCUCUGCUCUCUGGGGUCUGAGUCCCUUCAGGGCCCC